AUGGACCGUGUUCACUUCAAUAGUCCUGCUCGAACCCGGGCGCCGCAGUGUUUGGACAACAAGACAGCUGAAUCCAGCCUGGAGCUCUUGCAAGCGCAGGCGUCGGCUCUAGGCUGCAUUGCGUUCAAGCUGCCCAAGUGGAAUGCGCUGGCUGGAAAAGCUCUUAGCCAUUCAGUGAAUGUUGUUGAAAGUUUAUUCAAACAGCAUGAACCUCUUAUCUAUAAGAUUGGAGUGACCCACGAUCCAGCAUGGCGAUGGUCCAAUCCUAUCUACGGCUACUGCGGUGAUCGAGACAAAUGGUCGAACAUGACUGUUUUUUUCGCAUCUGAUGAGCCAUACUCAACUGGAAUGCUAGUAGGCCUGGCUGUCGCAAUGUUCGACUCGGCAUCUUCUUGCCGAUCAGCCAUCAGGACUGCGAAGAGUGUCGUGGCAGACAUCGGCAAAGCUGGUGCUGCCAAAUCUCCAGGACUAAAUGAGGUAGCAAACUGCAGUGAAAAGAGCUCUGAACGAGACUUGACGUCCGUUUCAGACAAAAAGUUCCUGUUGACUUUGCCGAUCAAAAUGUCACGGCUUCCAAAGCCACCUGGGGUGCGUUACCGUGGUGAUCUCGAUGCCAUCAGUCUGAGCAGUUGGUGCAAUUUUCUGGUGACGUAUGGGUGCUGGCAUGUUCUGACGGGUCUUGCCAAGCCUGAUCCUCUACGAGAACAGGCGAUUCUUUCUGAGUUUUGGGCACGCUACAGAACCUGGAAACCCCACCAUCAAAUCUUUCGAGUGAUUGAUGCAGAGGGGAUUGAUGUAUCACGCCUGGCACCUUUUGUUCUACAUGGAGACGAGGGUAGAGGCUACAAAAAACAGGGAUUCUUGGUUUGCAGUUUUCACAGCUACCUCGGCCAGGGAACAGAACUUGCCAACUCGUCUCGCAAGAAGAGGCCAUACAAGGCCAUGAGGUUAAACUACGUGGGUUCUAGCUGGUCCCAUCGCUUCGUUACAGCCACUUUACCCAAGAUGUUCAAAGACGAAGCUGCUUUCCAAGAGAUUUUGACGUUCAUCAAGAAUGAUGCACUGGACCUGCUCUACAAUGGUGUAUCUGAUUCUGAUGGAAACAAGUAUCGCAUUGCAGUCUUGCAAUGCUGCGGCGACUGGCAGUUCCUUGUAAAGGCAGGGAAUUUGGCUAGGAGCUUUUCGAGUGUUGAGAAGCGUCCCCGCCGAGGGAUUUGCCAUUAUUGUCAUGCAGGACAACUGCACAUACCUUUCGAGGAUUUCUCAACCAAUGCUGCCUGGGUGCGCACACAGUUUGCAAGGGACGACCAGCCAUUUGUGACCAGGCCUACACUUCUUGACUUGCCCCAUGAAGAAGGUUACGCGGCGCGAUUUUUCACAUUCGAUCUUUGGCAUUGCUGGCACCUUGGAUUAGGAAAAGCUUUUUUGGGGAGUGUGCUUGCGCUGAUGUCAGAAAGAAUGCCGGGAGGGAACAUUGACCUCCGAUUCUCAAAUUUAUCCGACAAGUUCCUGUCGUGGGCAGAAGAAGCGAAGAUUACUCCUUACAUUGGUGGGCUGUCGAAGGAAACAAUCCAAUGGCCUGAUAAAAAAUCGUACCCAAACGGCCAUUGGAACAAGGGACAUACCACCACAACCUUGAUGAAGUUUGUGGUGUGGUACCUGCAGCGUGAGGAUUUGCGGGAUGAUCCCUUGUUGAGCAAAAGCUUGGAAGCAGCAGUGGUGAUGGACGAAGCCUUGCACACUUUGUAUUCUUCUGACCUUUGGUUGGACAAGAACGUGGCUCGUGAAGUUGGGCAGAAAGGCCUUCGCCACUUGGCACUCUACCAGCAAAUGGCCGCAACGAGUUUUCAUGCAAAGACUGCGCUGUAUGUGUUUAUGCCCAAAUCCCACAAUUGCAAUCAUAUUUUCCUGGAACUUGCUGAAUGUCAAACUGAAUACAUUCUGAACCCUUUGGCGCACUCAGUGCAGGUCGAUGAGGACAUGGUUGGUAGAUGCAGCAGAGUGUCGCGUCGAGUAUCACCGCUUCAGGUGGUAAAGAGAGUUAUGCAAAGAUGUUUACGUGCCACUUUUGCUCACUACGUCAAGUGUGGAUAUCUCAACGCGCUUUGA